CAGUGCUUGCGGGCGCAGCGGCGCCGGCCCUGGCAGCAGCCGGGCGGGAGCGGGAGCGGGGCGGCGGGGCGCGGGGGGCCGCGGGGGCCGGGCUGGAGCCGGAGCCGGAGCCAAGGUCGCAGCGAGCGCCCGGGAAGGUCCUUCAUGAUGCAAGAUUUCGGGAAGGUGCUGUCUACUUGGUGUGGCCGGUAGUGGGGCAGAGCUAUGGCUGACAGUGUCAAGACCUUCCUCCAGGACCUGGGCAGGGGAAUCAAGGACUCCAUCUGGGGAAUAUGCACCAUCUCCAAUCUCGACGCCCGGAUUCAGCAGAAGAGAGAGGAGCAGCGUCGAAGAAGGGCGAGCAGUGUCCUGGCGCAGCGGAGGGCCCAGAGUAUAGAGAGGAAGCAGGAGAGCGAGCCACGUAUUGUUAGCAGAAUUUUCCAGUGUUGCGCUUGGAAUGGUGGAGUGUUCUGGUUUAGUCUCCUCUUGUUCUACCGAGUGUUUAUUCCCGUGCUUCAGUCUGUAACAGCACAGAUUAUCGGUGAUCCGUCACUACAUGGCGAUGUGUGGUCAUGGCUGGAAUUCUUCCUCACGUCGAUUUUCAGUGCUCUCUGGGUGCUCCCCCUGUUUGUGCUCAGCAAAGUCGUGAAUGCAAUUUGGUUCCAAGACAUAGCUGACCUGGCCUUUGAGGUGUCGGGGAGGAAGCCUCACCCCUUCCCGAGUGUCAGUAAGAUCAUUGCCGACAUGCUCUUCAACCUGCUGCUGCAGGCUCUCUUCCUCCUCCAGGGGAUGUUUGUGAGUCUCUUUCCCAUCCAUCUGGUUGGUCAGCUGGUCAGUCUCCUUCACAUGUCCCUUCUCUACUCGCUGUACUGCUUCGAGUACCGUUGGUUCAAUAAAGGAAUUGAAAUGCACCAGCGGCUAUCAAACAUAGAGAGGAAUUGGCCCUACUACUUUGGAUUUGGUUUGCCCCUGGCCUUCCUCACAGCAAUGCAGUCCUCCUACAUUAUUAGUGGCUGCCUUUUCUCCAUCCUCUUUCCUUUAUUCAUCAUAAGCGCCAAUGAAGCAAAAACCCCCGGCAAAGCCUACCUGUUCCAGUUGCGUCUCUUCUCCUUGGUGGUUUUCUUAAGCAACAGACUGUUCCACAAGACCGUCUACCUGCAGUCAGCACUGAGCAGCCCCGCCUCGGCCGACAAGCUCCCUUCGCCGCACCCUUCCCCUGCCAAACCGAAGUCCGCUGCGGGCCACUGAGUGGUCUGCUGCCCACAAGACACAGGGGGGCCAAAAGCUGGUGCAGCUCUCACUUGGCUCCCCAAGCCGGGAAGGCAGGACCCACUCUGCCAAGGGCCCCCUGCAUAUUCCCGUCUGUUGGAGGACUCGGAGCUUUUGUCUCUGGUGCACGUAAGGCAAGGAUCUUCCUUCCUGCCACCCGGAUGUGGAUUUUCUUUCUUUACUU